AUCUGUACACACAUCUGCCCAGCACUGUUGUUUGACAUGAUAUGGACUGACUAAAAAGUCUUAUUGUGCAAAAUGGUCAGUAGAUUAAGGGAUUAAGCUUUUUAUAUAAUUUCUGCUAUUUUAUGUAAUGCCCUGACAAAUCCACUCUUUGGAACCAAUCAGACUGGCUUGUUUAAUUCUUUCCUGCAGACACACAUUUGGUUUUUGUAGCACAGAAAAGAGCAGCAACACUGGCUUCUCCUUGACUUCGGCAGUGACCUGUUCCAGCGGUCUUCGGGAGCUUUCACUUUGAAGGAUGGACAAGACUGUCUAGAAGGAUCCAUCAUUGACUCAUUGACGCUGUGGGCUCAGAAUGAUUAGGGUCAUCUGUCUUUUGCUUCUGGCCUUAUAUCUGGUGACGGGCUCCAAGCUGUGUCCUCAUCACUGCCUGUGUUACGAAAACUCAGACCUGGUGGACUGUCGGGCCAGAGGCUUCACGGUUUUCCCACAUGGCAUCCCUCAUGGAACCUGGCUCCUGGACCUCAGUGAGAACAGACUGUAUGAGCUGAAGAGCUCCACGUUUACUGGGAUUUGGGCACUGCGCAUCCUCCUGCUUCAGAACAAUGCCAUCCAGGCAAUGCAGCCGCAGGCUUUGGCAUCUUUGUCUUUUCUGGAGAAGCUGGACCUGAGUCACAAUGACCUGCGCUUCCUUGUCCAAGAUUUUACCUACGGCUUGGCGGCCCUCAAGGACCUUCGUCUGGCCCACAACUCUCUGGAGUUCCUGGAAACCCGCUCCUUUGCCCAUCUGGAGAGCCUAGAGAAGCUGGACAUGAGUCACAACCACAUUCGGAUCAUCCAGUGCGGAGCGUUCCACGGGCUUACCAGCCUAAAGCAGCUCAACCUGGCCUGGAACCAACUCUCCAUGCUCCAGAGUGGCCUGCUAACCAUGCAGCAGAAGCUCAGUGUCCUCCUGCUGGGCCACAAUAACAUCUCCAGCAUUGAGACAGAAGUCUUCACCCCCUUGCACAGCCUCAGUGUACUGGGCCUUGAGGCCAAUCAGCUGGGGAGCCUCAAAUUCAGGACGUUCCUGAACCUCCAGACCCCCAGCACACACGUGCAACUGUCCGAGAACCCGUGGGUGUGCGACUGCGAGCUGCACCGAGUUUUCAGCAAAAUCCUCCACGUUCGGCGCCUCCACAUAGACGACUACUGGAACAUCACUUGCCACACGCCGCCUCUGCUGGCCGGGGCGUCUCCUGCACUGAUGGACAGUCAGCUGUGUAUAGCAGAGACCGCCACCGUUCUGGUCAUCACAGCGACUGUGAUGGUCACAGUGGUGGCUGCGAUAGCGAUGGCAGAACGAAACCGCAGGAAGAAACGUCUGAAUCUGUCAAAGCAAGGGAGCGAGUCUGAAACAGCACUGAACAAAUGAGAAAACAUGGAACAUGAAAAUCACCAAAGACUAAAGUACCAAAACAGUACUGUGUCUAGGAAACUAAUGAACAUCUCUGAGAAACUGAAAUAGAAUAAGAACGAAAAAAACAAAAAAGAUUUACUUGAAAUAUAAGUACUGUACAUUUAAAAAUUUUAAAAAGACCACGCUGUUGUUUCCUUAGAAAAACACAAGAGAAUUCUUGAUGUCCAUUCUUUAUGAAUGACAAGUGUAAACAUAGAACCUUUUCAAAGUUUGGAGAACCUCCAUGCAGUGUAAAGGUUUUUAGAACGAACCCUCACAUUUACUGUAAACAGUAUAUAGGUGAAAAAGGGUCUGGGUCAAAGGCAUUUAAUAUAUAAACACUAUACAGCUCUGGAAAAAAUAAGAGUUUCUUUGAUUUUACCAGAUUGAAAUCCUCUGGAAUAUAAUCAAGAGGAAGAUGGAUAAUUACAAAUCAUCAAACAAAACUGAACUGCUUGAAUGUUUGCACCAGGAGUGGCAUAAAGUUAUCCAAAAGCAGUGUCUAAGACUGGUGGAGGAGAACAUGAUGCCAAGAUGCAUGAAAACUGCUAUUAAAAACUAGGGUUAUUCCACCAAAUAUUGAUUUCUGAACUCAUGGAUAUGAACUUCUUUUCUUUGCAUCAUUUAAGGUCUGAAAGCUCUGCAUCUUUUUUGCAAUUUAUUUCUGUAAAUAAAUGCUCUAAAUGACAAUAUUUUUAUUUGGGAGAAAUGUUGUCUGUAGUUUUUAGAAUAAAACAACAAUGUUCAUUUAAAUCAAACAUAAACCUAUAAAUAGCAAAAUCAGAGAAACUGAUCCAGAAAUUGAAGUGUGCUCUUACUUUUUUCCAGAGCUGUAUAUAGUAUUUUUACAGGUCAGUUUUAACCCAGAAGAGCCCGAUUCAUUCUGCACUUUGUAUAUGUCUUGCUAAAGCAUCCAGAUCAUCACUGAUCCUUAACCAAAUUUUAUAUUUGGUGGAAAAUACUAUGGCUUGUAUGCCUGACUCUCCAGGUCAGAAUGUUUCAUUUGGUUAUUAAUGUUAUCAGAACUUCAUACUGUAAAUAAAUAUUAUUAGAACUUAAUAAGAUGUAUUAAUCUUGUUACAACUUCUUACUGGAAAUCAAUAAUUCUGGUUUACUGGUUUCAUGUUUCUUUCAGUAAUAAAAUAAACCCAUUCAA